CUAACUGUUAAAUGAACAGUGUGAAACAAACCAUUGGCAAGCUUUAUCCGUUUAUCGUCUUCAUCCGCCUAUCACCAGUUUUCUCACACCAUUCUCUCUCUCUCUACAACGGCUUUCACUUUAUCCUAUCAAUGGUCAGAAGACUUAGCUUUCGAAUUUAGCCGAGAGCAUGUCUUCUUGUCUUCUUCCUAACUUCAAGUGCCAACCUGAUUCUUUCUCUAUUCACUUCAGAACCUCUUACUCUCUCUCAAAACACAAUAAGAGUUCAGUCUACUUCCAACCGCAAUGUGCAGUAUCCACUUCACCGCCCUUACUAACUUCUACGCUGGAUGUGUCCAAGCUUAGACUACCCUCCUUCGAUACCGAUUCAGACAGGCCAUGGACUUAUACAGGAGCCGUUGGUCCUUCCACUGAGGCAAAGUACUUAGAAGCUUUAGCCUCUGAAACACUUCUCACAAGCGAUGAAGCAGUAGUUGCGGCAGCAGCAGCUGAAGCACUCGCCCUUGCCAGAGCCGCUCUCAAAGUUGCCAAAGAUGCCACGUUAUUUAGUAACACUCACAACGCGAAACCAUCAGUUACAUCAUCAGCACCCGACAAACGCUCAAAGUGGGACCAGUUUACUGAGAAGGAACGUGCUGGUAUAUUGGGACAUCUAGCGGUUUCAGACACUGGAGUUGUGAGCGAUAGAGUCACUGCACCUGCACCUCCUGAAUGUAACAAAGAGUCUGCAGAGAAACAAGAAGCUGAGCCUCUGGAGGAGGAGGAGGAGGAGAUUGUUGCAGUGAGUUCAGCUGUGAGAUCUACGCGUCAAACAGAAAGGAAAGCUAGGAGGGCUAAAGGGCUAGAGAAAACUGCGUCAGGUAUGCAGUCGGCUGUGAAGACUGUUUCGAGCUCUAGAAAGAAACGUGUUGCUUCUCAGGAGAUUGACAAUAAUGAUCCUUUGCGUUAUCUAAGAAUGACAACUAGCAGUUCCAAGCUUCUCACUGCCAGAGAAGAACAACAGCUGUCUGAAGGAAUACAGGACCUUCUGAAGUUGGAAAGACUCCAAGCAGAGCUUACUGAGCGUUGUGGCCAUCAGCCAACCCUUGCACAGUGGGCUUCUGCUGCUGGAAUCGAUAAAAAAACUUUAAGGAAACGUAUAACUCACGGCACACAAUGCAAGGACAGAAUGAUUAAAAGCAACAUUCGUCUCGUCAUUUCGAUUGCAAAGAAUUACCAAGGAGCUGGGAUGGACUUCCAAGAUCUUGUCCAGGAAGGAUGCAGAGGGCUUGUGAGGGGAGCAGAGAAGUUUGAUGCUACAAAGGGAUUUAAAUUUUCAACUUAUGCACAUUGGUGGAUCAAGCAAGCUGUGAGGAAGUCUCUCUCUGAUCAGUCCAGGAUGAUAAGAUUGCCUUUUCACAUGGUGGAAGCAACGUACAGGGUGAAAGAGGCAAGAAAGCAACUGUACAGUGAAACAGGUAAGCAGCCAAAGAAUGAAGAAGUUGCAGAGGCGACAGGGCUGUCGAUGAAGAGGCUCAUGGCGGUUCUGCUCUCUCCGAAGCCUCCAAGGUCGCUAGACCAGAAGAUUGGAAUCAAUCUGAACCUCAAACCUUCGGAAGUGAUAUCAGAUCCUGAAGCUGAAACUUCAGAGGAUAUACUGAUGAAGCAGUUCAUGAGGGAGGACUUGGACAAAGUUCUGGACUCGUUGGGUACGAGGGAGAAGCAGGUGAUACGUUGGAGAUUUGGGAUGGAGGAUGGGAGGAUGAAGACGUUGCAAGAGAUCGGUGAGACGAUGGGUGUGAGCCGGGAGAGGGUGAGGCAGAUAGAAUCUUCUGCUUUCAGGAAGCUCAAGAACAAGAAGAGAAACAACCAUUUGCAGCAGUACUUAGUUGCACAAACAAAAGAAUCAUAAAUCAUUUUUAUCAUUUGCUGAGAGCAUGUGUUGUGCAUAGAAACCGAGUUAAAUUCAUUUCACAAGCAAUAACAAUUUUUUUAGCAUUUACACACUCGUUUAUAUUACUUGACAUUUUUAAAUUAAACAUACAAAUUAUAUUUA